AUGGAAAGAAAUCAAGAUGAUACUGAAGAACAAGAUGAAUCUGACGAAGUAUGAUAAAAUUUAGGAAUUCUCUAAAAUUGCAAUCGAAAACUCAAAGGAAGCAUUAGAUUUUGCUUGCAGAUUUGCUGUUAGACCAGAUGAAAGAAAAAAAUCUCAACUCCAAAUCUUAAAGACUUCUUACGAAACUCACAACAGCUUUCCCAAAAAACCUCUAAUGAAUGACGUUGAGCAAUAUAAAAAGCUUGACUUAGAUGCUCUUUUCUUUAUAUUUUACCAUCAGCAAGGAAGUUAUCAGCAAUUUGUUGCGAGUAAGCUAUUAAAAUCUAAAGAUUGAAUUUAUCAUAAGCAAUAUCAAACUUGGUUUCAAAGACAAGGGAAUCCCAAAGCAACUUCCCCUGAAAAGGAGCUAGGAACUUAUCUGUAUUUUGACUAUGAAGUUAAAUGGACUCAACAAAAAAAAGCCAAUUUCGAGCUAGAGUAUGCGAAAAUUGAAAAUGAUGUGAAAUUUAAAUAA